AUGCCUCCAACCAACCUACUCGCAGGCAAGACAGCCAUCAUCACCGGCGGCACCACCGGCAUCGGCCGCGCCAUCGCCCUCGAGUUCCUCCGGCAGGGCUGCAGCGUCGCCGUGAACCACCUGGGGUUGGAGAGCGACCGACCACACCUCGAAUCCCUCAUCUCCGAGGCCGAGGCCAUCUCGACCUCGUCGGCCACGGCAGGACGACUAACGCACCUGCCGGGCGACGUGCGCGAGCCGUCGACCGGCACGGCGCUGGUGUCGCACGCGCUGUCCACCUUUGACUCGUCCCGGCUCGACAUAUGCGUCAGCAACGCGGGGAUCUGCACGUUUGCCGAGUUUCUGGACCUGGACGCGGCGCUGUACGAUAAGACGACGCGCACCAACCUCGACGGGUGCUUCUACGUGGUGCAGGCGGCGGCGAGGCAGAUGGCGAGGGGCCAGACGCCGCCCGGAGGCUCCAUCAUCGGCGUCUCGUCCAUCUCGGCCCUCGUCGGCGGCGGCCUGCAGACCCACUACACGCCCACCAAGGCCGGCGUGCUGUCGCUGAUGCAGUCCACCGCCGUCGCGCUGGGCAAGUAUGGCAUUCGCUGCAAUUCCCUGCUGCCGGGGACGAUCCGCACGCAGCUCAACGAGGAGGAUCUCCGUGAUGACAAGAAGAGGGAGUACAUGGAGGGUAGGAUACCGCUCGGUAGGACGGGGGAGCCAAAGGACUUGGCGGGCCCGGCGGUGUUCUUGGCUUGUGACGAGCUGAGUGGCUACGUCACGGGGGCGCAGCUGCUUGUUGAUGGAGGGUUGUUUGUGAACCUUCAGUAA